AUAGGAAUAUUGCCAGAAGCUCUGCGAACAAAAUGCGGAAGAUGUUGGCCAAGUCAAAAAGAGGGUGCUCUAAAGGUAAUUACUGCGUUGUAUUAUGAUUAUCCACAACAUUAUCAAGCAUUAAGAGAACGAUGGGAUCCAACUGGUGAAUAUAAUCGUAGGUUUGAAGAAUAUUUACACGAUCAGAGAUUUAAUGUUAUUAAUAGUAAUGCUGGUCAAGAUGGAAUUGAGCAAGGAGAUACAUCACAGGUACUACGACGUCCUACCAAGAAACGUAUAAUUCCGACAAUAACAAAAACAACUGUUCAGUCAGCGACAUUCAAUCCUGUUAAUAAUCCACCACCAUCUGAAGAACAGUUAGGAGAGGCAAGUGGAACAGUUGCCAAUCGAUUUGGUUCGCCUGAUCAAGAAAAUAAAAUACCACAAAAUCAAAAUCCUGUAAUUAUAUCUUCGACAACAACAUAUAGACCGCCAAUAACUAGAACCAAUAAACCAAUAACACUUGGAACAAGAUCACCAACUACAAAAAGAAUUCAACGUAUCCCACAAACAGUAGCUACACCACUAAAUACACCACCACCACUUCCUGGUUUUGUAACACAUACAACACUUCAAACAAAUAAUCCAAUUCUAAAAGUAAUUAAUCAUUUAACACUAAAAGUUGCGAAUACUGCAGAACUUUUAGCAGGAAUGUUAAAUGGAGCUACAUCACAAAAAAAAGUUAUAACGAUCUCAACGCCAUUAUUUACGGUUAAGAAAACCUAUGGACGUUAAUAAAAUUGAUUCUUGAAUUUAUCAGACGUUUUAGGCUGACAUUUUUUUGCACGAUACUAUCAUGGAAUUUCGUGUGAGCACACUUAGUAUAAAUUAAAACAAAAAAGAACUCAAAAUCGAUUGGACUGUUUUUCAUCAAAAGCCAUCAUCAAAAAAUUUAUAAUUUAAGUUUCAUUUUAGCAUUUAAGUUUUGUUAAUUUCAAAAUUAAUUUUAAAAUCAUAAAUUAGUGAAGAUCAAAAUUUUUUUUAUCUUGUUCUAAAUUUUGUUGGUAUUUUAUGAAUAGGAAAUAAAAAAUUAUCGUAUGUACUGCUUUAGAAGUAUUAAAUUUUGUUAAAAUAUUUCUAAAUUCAAAAUUGUUAUCAAAAUAUUGUGAAUUUAUUUUUGUAGUUUUAAUUAAAAUAUUUGUAAAUUUAUUAUAUAAUAUGCACUAUUUUAAUUAUAUAAAAAAAAAUUUAAAUAAUGUUGUAAGCUUUA